AAGGGUGUGUCAGUAUCAGAUCCGCUUUCUAUGGCUCCCAGGAGCCCCAGGCUCCUCUCCUCAAAAGGCUUCAUGCUCCACAGGACAGUGGACACAGCCCUUUUCUCUGCGGUGUGUGCCGCUGGGAUAUCAGUCCAUCUGUUGCUCGGUACCACAACAGCAUUGGCAACUUGGAAGGAGUUCAGAGCAGAUGUUUGAUGUCUGGAGCCAUUUUCAAUGAAGAUGAGUUUCCUGCUGCCCAAAUUGACCAAUAAAAAGGAAGUGGAUCAGGCAAUAAAAAGUGUAGCGGAGAAAGUUUUGGUUCUUCGAUUUGGGAAAGAUGAUGAUCCUGUUUGUCUUCAAUUGGAUGAUAUUCUUGCAAAGACAUCUCAUGACUUAAGUAAAAUGGCAGCCAUUUACUUGGUGGAUGUGAACAAGGUGCCAGUGUACACCCAGUAUUUUGACAUCAGUUAUAUUCCAUCUACUGUCUUUUUCUUCAAUGGACAGCACAUGAAAGUGGAUUAUGGGUCUCCAGAUCACACUAAAUUUGUGGGAAGCUUUAAAACAAAGCAAGACUUCAUAGAUUUGACUGAAGUGAUUUACCGUGGAGCAAUGCGUGGAAAGCUCAUUGUACGGAGUCCUAUUGAUCCAAAAAAUGUUCCCAAAUAUGACCUUCUCUAUCAAGGAAUUUAAAAUAUUGAGAUGAGCAAAACUUGUGAAUUCAUCUUGAAGAUCAUAUUGGUCACCCUUUGAAGACAGACAUUCUGUCACUUUCUUAUAAAUAAAGGUACAUGUUUACUUGUA